AGAGUGCUUCAAACAAUUUCAACAUAGAUAUUUAAAGUAAAAUUUUGAUUCAUUUUCAAACAAAAUGGAAGUGAAAAUUUUAACACAUUUAUGCCGUAUCUGUUUAAGUGAUAAUCAUUUAUUACCUAUUUUUGAAACAAACUCAAAUCAGCAAAUUUGUGAUAAAAUAAUGGCAUGUGCAGCUGUUCAUGUUGCACUAGGUGAUCCAUUACCACAUCAAAUAUGUAAACAAUGCCAUCGUGCUUUAGAAAUCUCACAUUUAUUUAAAACGAAAUGCGAGCAAAUGGAUCGACAACUUCGAGCAAUUAUACAAAAUCAAUCGACAUUAUUAAACAACAGUCAAUCAGCGAACACAUCAAUUAAAUCAGUACAAAUCAAUAUCGAACCAUCAAAUGUACAAAUAUUUAACGAUUUAGAAAAUUUAGAAAAUAUUCAUCUCUCACCAAAAAUAUCCGAUUUUCGUUCGAUCAUCGUGUCCACAAAUAACGGCGAAACGACGCGAAACUGUUAUUCAUCGAACGAUAUCAAUCCAAUUUAUACAUUCUCAAAUUUAUCGAAAAAUUUAAUAACGGUUUCAUCAUCCGAAUCAAUUAGCUCGAAUGAAACACGAAACUGCGUCGAUGGCGGUGAUUUUGAAGACGAACAAUUUCAUUCGGAAAUCGAAAAUUUCGAUGAAAUAUCUUCGUUUAAACAAGAUGAGCCUAGUGAAAAAAUUGUACAACAAUCGAACGGAGAUAUCGUGAUGUACUUUGAUAACGAUGAUUUUCAUUUAGGCGAAGAAUGUGAAGUUAUAACUGAUGAUAUUGUAACGCCAGAUUUACCUAGAGAUGAUUCAUCAUCACCCCUACCACCUCCUCGUUCUGAAGAGGAAAAUCAUAAAGAGAAAAUUGUACCAAAAGGUCGAUUUGUUCUUAUUAAAUCGGUUAUCAAACCACAAAAUAUUCAUUAUGUAACAAUGGAUGAUUUUCGAAACAAGGAAAACUCAAAACUAAUCCCGAUCAAACAAAUUAAAAAGGAAAAUAUUGAAGUAAAAUCAGAAAUACCUGAACCUGCAUCGUACAUUGAAACUGAAACAAUUUUAGAAAACUGCGAGGAAAUUUCUGAGGAACCUGAUGAACCGCCAAUUAUUGAAGAACCACCUAUCAUCGAGGAAAAGGAAAAAGAAGAAAUUCCUGUGAAAAUUUCCCCCAGAGAUGAUGUUAAGUACAAAGGACGUGGAAGACCGAAAAAAUCGGAUAAAUAUAAACCACCACAAGGUGUAUCAUAUUUAAAAUCCGGUCGAAAAAAUGUUCCAGUGUUUGUUCGAACCCGAAAAACUAAACGAACUCGAUAUACAUUUGUAAAAGAUAUCGACGAGAAAAAAUCAUCGGAGAUUUAUACAAAAUUACCGAUUGUUAAACGAGCACGAGUUGAGAAAAUUGUACCACCAAAACGAUUUGACGAGAAAAAAACCGAUGUUCCAAAUCGAAAACUCUCAACGAACAUGUUAAUCUCCGAUUUUAAUAAAUUGAACGAUCCACAAAAACAAGUUUUAUAUCAACGAUUAAAAUUACAAAAUUUUCGUCCGACCUCGAAAAAAGAUAUUUGCGAGCGUGGUAUUCCCAAACCGCUAUAUUUCGUCUCACCAAAAUUAAGCGAAGAAUCCGAUAACGAAAAUGACGACGAUGAUAAAAAACAACGGACAACUUCGAUAUCCGAUGAUUUGGCAAUUAUCCAACAAAGUUCUGGCAUGUAUAAAGAUCAAACAAUCGAUCAGGAUCUAAAAUUAAUCAACGGUACCGAAUUCUCGCCACAACAAGAGAAAAUCGAAACACCAGCAAAAACCGGUCGACAUACCGCAAUUAAAUCGAAGCGUCCACAAAAACGUAAUCACUUAGAAAAUUAUUCCGAUCCACAAAAAAUUGAGAUUGAAUUAAAAAUUGUACCACGAAAAAGUGAACGGCAACGUUCACCAAAGAAAAUCUUCCCGGAAAUUGAUAUAUUUGCAUCACCGAAAAAGAAAAUCAUUGAAAUACCCGACGAAUCGGAGGAAACAAAUUAUGAAAUUCAACGAAAUGAAACAAAUCAUAAUAAAUUUAAAAUAAAAAUUCGACGGAAUUCAACAAAAUCGACAUCGUCGUCAGACGAGAAUCGAUCGUUGGAUGGACGAGCUGGUGAUAAUAAUACAAUUCUAAGUGAUUAUUACAACGAAAUUGAAGUCGAAACUGAAAAUGACGAGGAAAGCAAUUCGAAUUCGGUUGUAGUUAAGAAAAUUUUAGAAAAAGAACGUGUAAAAUUAGAUUACGGUGCUGGGUUAUCAUGUAAUGUUUGUAAUAAAUCAUUUCCAUAUCGUAGCCAUUUAAUUCGACAUGUUCGAACUCACACCGGUUUAAAACCGUACACAUGCGAGUAUUGUAAAAAAAGUUUUACAUCGUUGUCAUCGUUAAAUAUUCAUGUGAAAAAUCACGUAGGCGAUCUGCCAUACUCAUGCGAGGUGUGUAAUCGAGGCUUUGUUCAACCGAGUGUCCUUAAACGACAUAUGCUCUCGCACACGGGGGAACACCCUUUCCAAUGUGAGAUCUGCUACAAGACGUUCGUCCAUGAUUCAAGUUUAAAAACACAUCUGAAAAUGCAUACGAUUAAGGAACCCCAACACAAGUGCGAUAUUUGUGAGAAGAAAUUCAAAUAUUUAAGCACUUUAACGAGUCACUUGAAAACGCACUCGGGAAUUAAACCGUUUACGUGUCCAGAAUGUCGUAAAGCAUUCUAUCGACGGAGUUUAUUAACGCGUCAUAUGCGUAGUCAUACCAAAGAACGGCCUUAUAAAUGUAAGCUGUGUAAAGCUCGAUUCGCGUACAGUGGUGGAUUAGCGUCGCAUAAAAAGUUACACACGGGAAUACGACCGUAUGAAUGUGAACUGUGUAAUUUUACGUUCUUCAGGAGUUCACAUCUAAAGAAUCAUAUGCAAAAGAUCCAUAAUAAUGGUGUUUUGUUGAAUUGUCAACGGUGUAACAUGAACUUUGAUUCGAAACCGUUGUUUAAACGUCAUUUAAGUUUGCACAUGAAACGCGAUCAAAAUCAAAAUGGAUUUACGGAAGAUGCCGAGGAUUCGUAGAAAUGUUAACGAUUUUAAUUUCUAUUAUUAGCUCGACCCGUGUCGAAUUUCGCAGUGCAGUCAGUAUCGUGGCUAAAAAUAGGCUGGAGAAAUAAUACACAGAGUAGGACCUUUUUAAAAUCUAUUUGGUAGAUUUUCAAAACAAACAUCCUUACUUUCAAGAAAAAA